AUUAUAUUUAAAUCUACAAAUAUAAUUAAUUCUAGUGAUAUAUGAAUUUAUGUGAAAUGUUCAGUGUUUAUUCAAUGAUUUAGAGUAAUAUUUAUUUUAUAAUUUGACCAAAAUGGUGCGUCACAACAAUCAGUUGCCAAAUAAUUUGCCACAGCUGCAGAAUCUUAUAAAAAGAGAUUCAGAAUCGUAUAAGGAAGAGUUUAUACAACAGUAUAAACAUUUUCAAAGUUUAAUAGAUAUUUUUCGUCUAACACCUACAGAAAAUGACAAAAAUUUGGAUGAGCUUGUCAUGUUUUUAGCACAGGUAUCUUCAUGUUUUCCUUCAGAGCUUCAGGAUUUUCCACAAACCUUGAUUGAUUUAUUGAAAAGCCAUGGGCCCGUAUUGGAUCCAACCACACGAAUGACUUUGUGUAAAGCGUUGAUAUUAUUAAGAAACAAAAAAUUGUUACCUGCAUUGGUGCUGUUGGAAUUAUUUUUUACAUUAUUGAGAUGUUCAGAUAAGGCUUUAAGGACUUUUUUGCAAACACAUAUUGUUACAGAUAUUAAAAAUAUGAAUGCAAAGCAUAAGGAUGCUAAAGUUAAUUCAAGUCUUCAAGGUUUUAUGUACUCUAUGUUGAAAGAUAAUAAUACAAGGGCUGCCAAGAUGUCAAUUGAUAUAAUGAUAGAUUUGUAUAAAAAGAAUGUUUGGAAUGAUAUAAAAACUGUGAAUGUUAUUGCUAAUAAUGGAUGUUUUUCGAAGCUUGUAAAGGUUCGAGUAGCAGCCCUAAAAUUUUUCCUUGGUUCAGAUCCAAAUGAAAAAGACUCCGAUGAAAGUGAUAGUGAUGAGCCCAAUGCAAAAGAAGUUAUGAUGGCAAAUAAGGUCAAUAAAAAAUCGCGAAAAAGAGAGAAGCAGCUAACAAAAGUUAAGAAAGCAGUUGCCAAAAAUAAAAAGAAAAAGAGUAAUGCUCCAGUUUUCAAUUAUUCCGCUUUGCAGUUGGUCCAUAAUCCACAGGGUCUAGCUGAGGGUUUAUAUAAACAAUUAGAAGCUGCCAAUGAAAGAUUUGAAGUGAAAUUAAUGACCUUAGAUGUUAUAUCACGUCUCAUAGGAUUGCAUGAACUGUUCCUCUUCAAUAUCUAUCCUUACAUGCAAAGAUAUCUUCAACCACAUCAGCGUGAAGUAACACGUAUAUUACAGUUUACCGCGCAAGCAUCUCAUGAUCUUCUACCUCCUGAAACUUUGCAUUCAGUGUUGAGAGCAAUUGUAAAUAACUUUGUUACGGAGCGGAAUUCUUCUGAUGUUAUUGCUAUUGGUCUCAAUGCUAUCAGGGAGAUUUGCUCAAGAUGUCCUCUCGCUAUGGAAGAAGAUUUACUAAGAGAUUUGGCGCAAUUUAAAACAUAUCGUGAUAGAUCAGUCAUGAUGGCUGCAAAAUCUCUGAUACAUUUAUACAGGGAAGCAUAUCCAGAAUUGUUGCAUCGCAAAGAUCGUGGUCGUCCAACUGAACAUCAAGCUUCUAUUGUGCCAUUGAAAUAUGGUGAAAUUAGGGCACCUGAUUAUGUACCUGGUGCUGAAGUAUUAAUUAAAAAACUUGGUAACGAAGACAAAGAAGAUGAGGUUGAUGAGAAAUCUGCUGUUGACUCUGAUGAUUCUGAUUGGGUUGAUCUCGAUGAAAACUCAGGUUCUGAACUCCAUAUAUCGGAUAGUGAACUUGAGGAAGAAAGUGCAGAUGAAGCAGAAACAUCGAAAGAUGAUGAAAAGAAUGAUCAAGAUGCUACUGAACCAAAAAUAAAUGAAGUAGAAGCUGCACAACUUCUAUCGAUGGAGAGAAUAUUUACAGACGCUGAUUAUCGAAAAAUGGAAAUAGCUCAAGCAAAGGCAAAAGUUCUUCCAGCUAGUCGUAAAAGACCAGCAGAAGAACUUGUAUCCCUUGCUGAUAUUGAAAAUAUUCACAAAAAAAGAAAACAUGAUAAAGCUUCACGGUUAGAAACAGUCAAAGAGGGACAAAAGGAUAGAGAAAAGUUUGGCUAUAAAGAUGGUAGAAUGAAUAUUCAUUGCUCAAAAACUAAUAGAGAAAAACGUAAGAAAAAGAACUUUCAAAUGAUCAAGCAUAAAAUUAGAGGUAAAAUAAAGAGAUCAUUUCAAGAUAAACAGAAAGCACUUCGCAAACAUUUAAUUCAGCAGAAAAAAAUGAAGUAGUAUAUGGACAAAUCAUGACCCCCAGGUUGAAGGUAUUGAAAUAUCUUACAAAUAAAAUG